AUGAAUCGGAUCCACCCGAAUACUCACAUUCAAUCCGUUGAGGCACAAAAAGCAAGUCGGACGAAAAUACCGAUUGGUGUUCAUGUGAUGGAUCUGCUAACCGCCAUGCACUCAUCACUCCAGGGAGUCUCUCCAAGAUUGGCCAAGUGGAAUUGCAUCCUCAUUCCUUUGGCACAUCUCCUCACACACUCCCGCCUCCAAUCCCACGUCAGCUUUAACGAUAUUCUCCUGGAACUAAGAUGUGGCCUAGGCCUAGGGACAAGAUAUGACAUGUCGUCGAUGCAUUCUUUCAUAAGCAGCGCGCGAAUUGGCAAACACGGGAACUCGAAUAUUUGUAACGCCGUUACCUGUCGGUGCACUUAUCAACCUGUUCACAGUGGUGAAAAACCAUCCCCAGGCUCCCUUGAGCAUCCUAGUCGCUUCCGUCGCAAGCCCUGCUUACCUCCCUCGGUGUUGCAGGCCAUCUAA